AUGUGGUGCUUAGACAAACUCAAAAUGAGGAAACACCGACAUUUGCCCUUGGUGGCCAUCUUUUGCCUUUUUCUCUCAGGCUUCUCAUUAACUCGUGCGCAGCAACAACCAGAUAUCAGAAAUGGUGCCGCUGCUGAUAUAAUAUUUCUAGUGGAUUCCUCUUGGAGCAUUGGAAAGGAACAUUUCCAACUUGUUCGAGAGUUUCUAUAUGAUGUUAUAAAAUCUUUAGCUGUGGGAGAAAAUGAUUUCCGUUUUGCUCUGGUCAAGUUCAACGGCAACCCACAUACCGAGUUCCUGUUAAAUACGUACCAUUCCAAACAAGAGGUCCUCUCUCAUAUUUCCAACCUGUCUUAUAUUGAGGGAAGCAAUCAGACCGGAACAGGAUUAGAAUACGUAACACAGAACCACCUCACUGAGGCUGCUGGAAGCCGGGCCGGGGAUGGAGUUCCUCAGGUUAUUGUAGUGUUAACUGAUGGACACUCGGACCACCACCUUGCUCUGCCCCCAGCGGAACUUAAAUCUGCUGACGUUAACGUGUUUGCAAUUGGAGUUGAGGAUGCAGACGAAGGAGCCUUAAAAGAAAUAGCAAGUGAACCAUUCAAUAUGCAUGUUUUCAACCUAGAGAAUGUCACCUCCCUUCAUGACAUAGUAGGCAACUUAGUAUCCUAUGUGCGUUCAUCCGUGAUUCUAGAAAGGGCUGGAGGCACAGAGGCCCUUAAAGACAUCACAGCACAAGACUCUGCUGACAUUAUUUUCCUUAUUGAUGGAUCAAACAACACCGGAAGUGUCAAUUUCACAUUCAUUCGCGACUUCCUUGUCAAUUUCCUUGAGAGACUCUCAGUCGGAGCUCAGCAGAUCCGAGUGGGGGUGGUCCAGUAUAGCGAUGAGCCCAGAACCAUGUUCUCCUUGGACACCUACCCCACCAAGGCUCAGGUUCUGGAUGCAGUCAAAGCCCUUGGUUUCAUUGGUGGGGAGUUGGCCAAUAUCGGCUUUGCCCUUGAUUUCGUGGUGGAGAAUCACUUCACUCGGGCAGGGGGCAGCCGUGUGGACGAAGGGGUUCCCCAGGUGCUGGUGCUCAUAAGUGCUGGGCCUUCUAGUGACGAGAUCCACGACGGGGUGGUGGCGCUGAAGCAGGCUAGCGUAUUCUCUUUCGCCCUCGGAGCCCAGGCCGCCCCCAGGGCAGAGCUUCAAUACAUAGCUACCAAUGACAACUUGGUGUUUACUGUCCCGGAAUUCCGUAGCUUUGGGGACCUCCAGGAGCAAUUACUGUCGUACAUUGUUGGCGUGGCCCAAAGGCACAUUGUCUUGCAACCGCCAACCAUUGUCACACAAGUCAUCGAAGUCAACAAACGGGACAUACUUUUCCUGGUGGAUGGCUCAUCAGCACUGGAACUGUCUAACUUCAAUGCCAUCCGUGACUUCAUUAGCAAGGUCAUCCAGAGGCUGGAAAUUGGACAGGAUCUCAUCCAGGUGGCAGUAGCUCAGUACGCAGACACUGUGAGGCCAGAGUUUUACUUCAGUAGCUACCCCAGCAAGAGGGAAGUCAUGACCGCUGUGCGGAGAAUGAAGCCCAUGGGAGGCUCGGCCCUGAACACAGGUGCUGCUCUGGACUUUGUUCGGAACAACCUGUUCACUAGUGCAGCAGGGCACCGGGCCACCGAGGGGGUCCCCAAGCUCCUGGUGCUGAUUACAGGUGGUAAGUCCCUAGAUGAAGUCAGCCAGCCGGCCCAGGAGCUGAAGAGGAGCAGCAUCCUGUGUUUUGCAGUUGGGAGCAAGGCUGCCGACCAGGCGGAGCUGGCGGACAUGGCCUUCGAUUCGUCGCUGGUGUUCACCCCGGCUGAGUUUCAAACUGCCCCUUUGCAAGGCAUGUUGCCCAGCUUGCUGGCACCUCUCAGGACCCUCUCCGGAACCACAGAAGUUCACGUAAACCCAAGGGAUAUCAUCUUUCUUUUGGAUGGAUCACUCAACGUUGGAAAGACCAACUUCCCCUAUGUGCGGGACUUUGUAAUGAAUGUAGUUAACAGCCUUGAUGUUGGAAGCGACAAUAUUCGUGUGGGUUUAGUGCAAUUUAGUGAUACUCCGGUCACGGAGUUCUCCCUAAACACGUACCAUACAAAGUCAGAUUUGCUUGCUCACCUGAGACAGCUGCAGCUCCAGGGGGGUUCAGGCCUGAACAUGGGCUCCGCUCUGCGCUAUGUCCAUGCCAACCACUUCAUUGAAACUGGCGGCAGCAGGAUCCGUGAACACGUCCCGCAGCUCCUGCUCCUGCUUACGGCGGGGCGGUCUGAGGACUCCUAUUUGCAAGCCGCCAAUGCGCUAGCCCGUGAGGGCAUCCUGACCUUUUGUGUGGGAGCUAACCAGGCGGAUAAGGCCGAGCUUGAGCAGAUUGCUUUUAACCCGAGCCUGGUGUAUCUCAUGGAUGAUUUCAGCUCUCUGCCAGCUUUGCCACAGCAGCUCAUUCAGCCCCUAACCACAUAUGUUAGUGGAGGUGUGGAGGAAGUGCAUCUCACCCAGCCAGAGAGCAAGCGAGAUAUUCUAUUUCUCUUUGAUGGCUCAGCCAAUCUUGUGGGCCAGUUCCAAGUUGUCCGUGACUUUCUCUACAAGGUGAUCGAUGAGCUAGAUGUGAAGCCGGAUGGGACCCGAAUUGCAGUGGCUCAGUACAGCGACAAUGUCAAGGUCGAGUCUCAUUUUAAUCAGCACCAGCAUAAGCCUGAAAUCCUGAAUCUUGUGAAGAGAAUGAAAAUCAAGACUGGCAAAACCCUCAAUGUGGGCUAUGCCCUGGACAAUGCACUCAGAUCCAUUUAUGUGAGGUCCGCCGGGAGCCGGAUAGAGGAUGGGGUGCCCCAGUUCCUGGUGCUGCUGGUGGCAGGACGCUCGUUUGAUAGUGUGGAAGAGCCGGCACGCCUGCUGAAGCAGAGUGGGGUGAUACCUUUCGUGUUACAGGCCAAGAAUGCAGACCCUGCCCAGUUAGAGCUGGUAGUACCAUCCCCUGCCUUUAUCCUGGCUGCGGAGUCGCUUCCCAAGAUUGGAGAACUUCAACCACAGAUUGUGAAUCUCCUAAAAACAGUGCCAGUGCAUUCACCAGGUUCAGCUGGAAAGGAUGUGGUGUUUCUACUCGACGGCUCUGAUGGUGUCAGGAGCGGCUUCUCUCUGUUGAAGGAUUUUGUCCAGAGAGUGGUGGAGAGCCUGGAUGUGGGCCCAGACCGAGUCCGUGUGGCCGUGGUGCAGUACAGUGACCGGACCAGGCCUGAGUUCUACCUGAAUUCAUACAUGGAUCAGCAGAGUGUGGUCAGUGCCAUUCAAAGGCUGGCACUGCUGGGAGGGCCGACCCCCAACACUGGGGCCGCUCUGGACUUUGUCCUGAGGAAUAUCCUGAUUAGCUCUGCCGGAAGCAGGAUGGCAGAAGGCAUUCCCCAGCUCCUGAUUGUCCUCACAGCGGACAGGUCCGGGGAUGACGUGAGAGGCCCCUCAGGGGUCCUGAAGAGGGGCAGGGUUGUGCCCAUUGGCAUUGGCAUCGGGAAUGCCGACAUCACAGAGAUGCAGACCAUCUCCUACAUCCCAGACUUUGCAGUGGCUGUUCCCACCUUCAGACGGCUGGAGAAUGUCCAGCAGGACAUCUCCCAGAGGGUGACCCAGCUCACCAGCGAAGAAUUGGGCAAGUUGGAGCCGGUGUUUAGUCUUCCAUCGAGGCCAGGCACAGGCAACAAGAAGGAUGUGGUCUUUCUCAUUGAUGGGUCCCAGCGUGCUGCUCCUGAGUUUCAGUACAUCCGCAACCUCAUUGAGAGAGUGGUGGACUCGCUGGACGUGGGCAUUGACACGACCCGGGUGGCAGUCAUCCAGUUCAGUGAGGGCACACAUGUGGAGUUCUUGCUCAACGAAUACUCCAGCAAGGAGGAGGUGCAGAAUGCGGUGAGGCGGCUGCGGCCCAAGGGCGGGCAGCAGAUCAACGUUGGGAAUGCCCUGGAGUAUGUGUCAAAAAAUAUCUUCAAGAGGCCACUGGGGAGCCGGAUUGAAGAGGGCGUUCCUCAGUUCCUGGUCCUCAUUUCAUCUGGAAAUUCUGGGGACGAGGUGGACGACGCGGCAGCAGAGCUCAAGCGGUAUGGCGUGGCACCAUUUCCCAUUGCCAGGAAUGCAGACCAGGAGGAGCUGAUUAAGAUCUCCCUGAGCCCUGAGUACGUGUUCUCAGUGGACACCUUCCGGGAGCUGCCCAACCUGGAGCAGAGGCUGCUGACGCCCAUCACAACCCUGACCUCACAGCAGAUUCAGCAGAUGCUGGCCCGAGCUCCCUACCCUCCUCCUGCUGCCGAGAGUGAUGCUGCCGACAUUGUCUUCCUCAUUGACAGCUCCGACAGUGUGAGAAUUGAAGGCAUUGCACACAUCCGAGACUUUAUCAUCAGGAUUGUCCAAAGGCUCAACAUUGGCCCCAAUAAAGUGAGAAUUGGAGUUAUGCAGUUCAGCAAUAAAGUCUUCCCAGAAUUCUACCUGAAGACCCAUAAGUCCCAGGGCGCUGUGAUCGAUGCCAUCCGCCGCCUGAGGUUCAAAGGAGGGUCUCCACGGAAUACUGGCAUAGCUCUGGAACAUGUGGCAAGACAUUUCUUUGUCAAGUCUGCUGGAAGCCGGAUAGAAGAUGGGGUGCCCCAACACCUGGUUUUGAUUCUGGGUGGAAAAUCCCAGGAUGACAUUUCCCAGUUUUCACAGGUGAUACGCAAUGCAGGGAUUGUGAGUUUAGGGGUAGGAGACCGAAACAUUGACAGAACGGAGAUGCAGACUAUCACCAAUAACCCCAGACUGGUCUUCACAGUGCGAGAGUUCAAAGAUCUUCCCAAGGUAGAAGAGAGGAUCAUGAACUCAUUUGGACCCUCAGGAGUCACACCUGCACCACCGGGAGUGGACAUACCCUCUCCCCCUCGAACAGAUAAAAAGAAAGCUGACAUUGUGUUCCUGUUGGAUGGCUCCAUCAACUUCCAGAAGAGAAGCUUCCAGGAGGUGCUCCACUUUGUGUCUGAGAUCGUGGAUACAGUUUAUGGACAAGGAGACUCCAUCCAGGUGGGGCUGGUACAGUACAACUCCGGCCCCACUGACGAGUUCUUCCUGAGGGAGUACUCCACCAAGCAGCAGAUUAUCGAUGCCAUCAACAAGGUGAUCUACAAAGGGGGGAGGCACGCGAACACCAAGGUGGGCAUUGAUCACCUGCGGCUGAAUCACUUCGUGCCAGUCGCGGGCAGCCGCCUGGAUCAGCGGGUUCCUCAGAUUGCAUUUGUGAUCACCGGCGGGAAGUCCACUGAGGAUGCUCAGGAGGCGAGCCUGGCACUCACCCAGAGAGGUGUCAAAGUGUUUGCGGUGGGCUUGGGAAACAUCGACUCAGUGGAGGUUGGGAAAAUUGCAUCCAACAGCGCCACAGCCUUCCGUGUAGGGAACAUCCAGGAGCUGUCGGAGUUGAAGGAGCAGGUGUUGGAAACUCUGGAUGAUGCCAUGAAUGAGAUCUUAUGUCCGGGGGUGACGGAUGUUUCCAAAGCCUGCAAUCUGGAUGUGGUUCUGGGGUUUGAUGGUUCAAGAGAUCAGAAUGUCUUUGUAACUCAGAAAGGCCUCGAGUCUAAGGUGGACAUCAUCCUGAAUAGAAUCAGCCAGAUGCAAAGACUCAGCUGCAGUGGUGGCCAGAUGCCCACCGUGCGGGUGUCUGUGGUGGCCAACACACCAUCGGGCCCUGUGGAGGCCUUCGACUUUGCCGAGUACGAGCCAGAGCUGUUUGAGAAGUUCCGGAACAUGCGCAGCCAGCACCCCUAUGUCCUCACUGCAGACACACUGAAGGCCUAUCAGAACAAGUUCAGGCAGUCCUCACCCGACAGUGUGAAGGUGGUCAUUCAUUUUACUGAUGGGGUGGACGGAGAUAUGGCUGAUUUACAAAAGGCAUCGGAGGAACUUCGACAAGAAGGUGUCCGAGCCCUGAUCUUGGUGGGCCUGGAGCGUGUGGCCAACCUGGAGCAGCUGAUGCAUCUGGAGUUCGGGCGAGGGUUCAUGUACAACAGACCCCUGAGGCUCAACUUGCUGGACCUGGACUACGAGCUCGCGGAGCAGCUGGACAACAUCGCUGAGAAAGCUUGCUGUGGGGUGCCCUGCAAAUGCUCUGGACAAAGAGGAGACAGAGGACCCAUCGGCAGCAUCGGGCCAAAGGGUAUUUCUGGAGAAGAUGGCUACCGAGGUUAUCCUGGUGACGAAGGUGGACCCGGUGAACGUGGUCCUCCUGGUGUGAACGGCACUCAAGGUUUCCAGGGCUGUCCUGGCCAGAGAGGAAUAAAGGGCUCUCGAGGAUUCCCAGGAGAGAAGGGUGAAUUGGGGGAAAUCGGACUGGAUGGUCUCGACGGGGAAGAUGGAGACAAAGGUGUGCCUGGUUCUUCUGGCGAGAAAGGGAAUCCCGGGAGAAGGGGUGACAAAGGACCUAAAGGGGACAGAGGAGAACGAGGAGAUGCUGGAAUUCGGGGGGACCCGGGUGACUCAGGACGGGACAGCCAGCAGAGAGGACCCAAAGGAGAAACCGGAGACAUUGGGCCCAUGGGCCUCCCUGGGAGAGAUGGCGAGAUUGGAAGGCCUGGAGAUCCUGGCAAGGAUGGCGGCUAUGGUCGAAGGGGACCAGCAGGAGCUAAGGGCAACAAAGGUGGUCCAGGCCAGCCAGGCUCUGCAGGAGAGCAGGGGACCAGAGGUGCACAGGGUCCAGCUGGUCCCACCGGCCCUCCAGGCCUGAUGGGAGAACAGGGCAUUCCUGGCCCUCGGGGGAGUGGAGGGACCGCAGGUGCUCCGGGAGAGCGUGGAAGAACUGGUCCCCUGGGAAGAAAGGGCGAGCCCGGAGAUCCAGGACCAAAGGGAGGAAUCGGGAACCGGGGUCCCCGAGGGGAGACGGGAGAUGAUGGUCGAGAUGGGAUUGGCAGUGAAGGGCGCAAAGGCAAAAAAGGAGAAAGAGGAUUUCCUGGAUACCCAGGUCCAAAGGGUAUCCCCGGCAACCCAGGAACAGGGGGAGCACCAGGACCCAAAGGCAUCAGAGGUCGAAGGGGAAAUUCAGGACCUCCAGGGACAGUGGGACAGAAGGGAGACCCUGGCUAUCCAGGAUCAUCAGGUCACAAAGGCAACAGAGGCGACUCGAUCGAUCAAUGUGCCCUUGUCCAGAGCAUCAAAGAUAAAUGUCGUAAGUACAUGGCGUCCUACUGUCAGGGGUACAUUUUUAUUUUGACAUUUGAAGUUCUCACAUGGUAA